UGUCACACUGACCGUACCUUUCCUCAGCAUUAGAAACACGCUGGCAAUGGUGGGGGGCGCGGUGCUGCUGCUAGGGUUCUUGCCUAAUUCCUGCCGGAUAGCGCUGAGCCACGCGUCUUUGGUUCCGAGAAUCGGCUGCAUCGCUAAAGUCUGUGCGUCAGUGCCGCCUGGAGUCUCCAGAUGGGAUCCAAGGCCGGUCCGGACCCUCCAUCACACUCCGCCCUUGUGCGCCGGGCACAAUAAGUGGUCCAAAGUCAAGGACGUUAAAAUUCCUCGAGAUGCCGCUCGGGGACGGAUGAUGCAGAAGCUGUCCAUGAUGAUACGGGUCGCAGUUAGAGAGGGGGGACCAAACCCUGAGUUUAAUGUUGCGCUGGCCCAAGUUAUUGAGCAGUGUCGCAACAACAGCGUUCCCAAGACCACCAUCGACCACGCCAUCAAGGGAGCCGAGAAGUCCAAGACAGGUAGUCAGCACCUGUAUGAGGUGAGGGGUCCAGGCGGCUUCAUGGCCCUGGUGGAGAUUCUAACCGAAAACAACAAACGCUCCAACCAAGAGAUCCGAUACCUCCUCAACAAGCAUGGGGGGGCAGUGUGUGAUGGGGCACGCCACAGCUUUAGCAAGAAGGGUGUCGUCAUGGCAGCCAGGGGGGACAUGUCUUCGGAACAGGCGCUAGAGUUAGCCAUUGAGGCAGGAGCUGAGGAUGUGCAGGAGACAGAGGAUGAGGAGGAGAGGACCAUGCUACAGUUCAUUUGUGGCAUGACUGAGAUGCGGGGGGUGCGUGAGGCGCUGGAGAAGCUGGGCGUUGCCACGGUGUCAUCGGGGCUGGAGUACGUCGCCACAGCGGCAGUGCCACUGGCCGAGGAUCAACUCCGAGAUGCCCACAUCCUGCUGGAGGCGCUAAAGGACUAUCCCGACGUGGUGCGGGUCUGGGACAACAUCCAGGCCCAGGACUAAUAACACCCCCCCCCCCCUCCUCCCUCUCUCUUUCUCUCUCAGUCUCUGUGAGGGGAGGGCAGAGAUGGACAGUGGUAGACAGACAGAUGGACAGAGAAAGGGAGAGUGUUUGUCAUUUUGGAUUUCAAGAAUUCUGAAUUCAGUUCCAGAAUGAUCCAGAUGUGCAGAACAGAGCCAUGCAGAGAAUGGCUCUGGUGCAGACCAAAGAUUUUAGAAGCUUAGGUGCUGCAGACAGGACAAUUUUCUGGAAUGUGGAACCCUGGAGGAAAUCUGUUCUGUGAAGCUGAAGGCUGAUGACUGAGACCAGAGGAAUGAAACAUCAUAUCACUAAUUUAUCAGGAACCGGAGCCAUCCUAUUGUCACGUGUGUGAGUUGUGGGAAUGGUGUGCUUCUCUGACUGUGAGUGUGAAUAGGAGUGAGAAUGAAAGUGUGAGAAAAAGACUGUUUGCAACCUGCUUGUAUUCAAUCUGUGUUCUCAAAUAAAAUGAAAUAAAUGUU